UCUACCAAUUUCUGCGUAUAUAUACGUAUAAGCGCAUGGCGUCGCCUGACGUUGAAGUAGUGAGAAACAAAUAAAUACUGCUGGUUACUGUCGCAAAAACGUUAAAAGCGUUGAGCCUUGGUACGGUAUCCAGGCUCCCUACUUUCUGUAUAAAAAUAUUUUGUACAAGUUCUGUUACCUGAGGAAUAUGGACAGUAAACUGUGAAGUGUAUUGUAUAACCUAAAAGCUUUGAAACGUAACUUAAAAUCGUACCUAUAACGUAUAACACUAUUUCAUAAUCUGAAUAUUGUGUUAUAAAUAGUGUUAAAAUAUUUGAUAUUAAACAUUUUAGGCAUUAAAGUUAAGCUAACAAAAUGCCGAAAUAUUAUUGUGAUUACUGCGAUACAUAUCUGACGCACGAUUCUCCAAGCGUAAGGAAAACUCAUUGCCAGGGUCGCAAGCACAAAGACAACGUAAAGUAUUUCUACCAGAAAUGGAUGGAAGAACAGGCCCAGCAUUUAAUUGAUGCGACAACAGCAGCGUUCAAGGCAGGAAAAAUUGCAUCGAAUCCAUUCGCAGCAAAUAAGGGAGCAGCAAUUCCACCACCUCCAAAUCUAGGCCCAAGACCUGGUGUGCCGCCACAAGGUCCACCGGGAAUGAUGCCACCUCCGGGAAUGCAUCCAGGUGGACCGAUGGGACCUGGAGGACCAAUGAUGAUGGGACCACAUGGGCCGAUGCCACCAAUGAUGGGAAUGAGACCACCAAUGAUGGGACCAAUGGGUCCUAUGGGUCCUAUGAUGGGUCCUAUGGGUCCAAUGGGACCUAUGAGACCUCCUAUGAACGGACCACCACCACCUAUGGCUGGACCUCCACCAAUGAAAAAGUGAUGACAUUAUCUAUGUGGAUUAUCUUCAUAUUUCUUGGACUUUGUCUUUCUUGUAUUGCGGAUAAUUGUGUUGAAAUCAUAUAAUCUUAAUGUUAUACAUAUUACUUAGGAAUAAAGUAUACAAAUCUUUGUGAACGAAUGACUGUAAAUAAGAUUGUGUUCAGUAAAUCGAAGAUAUAUGUAUCAUUUCAACACUGGAAUACAUAAUUUUUAAAAUUUC